AUGACUAGUCAAUCAUUUAAGGAAGGAUAUGUACGUCUAUCACAAACUAGAGGAAAUGCAUUCAGGAUGUAUUACCAACUUCAUGGCAAUGGUCCAAACAAAGUGUUGUUCAUAAUGGGUUUCAUGUCAACUCAUCGGAGAUGGAAACACCAGGUAGCCUAUUUCAAACAGCACAGUGAUCAGUAUCAGGUGUGUGUGUUUGAUAAUAGAGGCGUUGGAAACAGUGAUACACCAUUUGGAAACUAUACUACAUCGGCAAUGGCGUUGGAUGCCAUUGAGUUGAUGGAUCAUCUCGGUUGGGACAAAGCACACAUCGUUGGUCUAUCAAUGGGUGGCAUGAUCAGUUUGGAACUGGCCUCCACCUAUCCACAUCGACUACACACACUAAGUCUUGCUGUUACACAUGCCGGAGCCGCACCACCUACAAGUGGAAUGUUUGGAAUGCUUAGAGUAUUCGCGAGUUUGAGUGAUGAGGCGAGGGGAAGAGCCUUGCAGCCUUUGUUAUACUCGCCAGAGUUUUUGAACGCAAAGGUACAGGGCAGUCAUGACAACAACAAGACAAACUACGAUCUGUUGGUCGAGGAGUUCAUCGAGGAGUCUUUGAUCAGACGACCUGAUCCCAUUGGAGUCAUGGGUCACAUCAGAUCGAUCUUCACACAUAGUGUAUCAGAGCAUAGACUUCGUUCGAUCAAGGAUUCGCGUGUUCCCAUUCUGAUAUUAUGUGGCAAUGAAGAUCGUAUGGUAAAGACGACAAACUCAUUCUACCUUCAACAACACCUAUCACCAAUCGAGUUUGUUCAGUUCAAGACUGCUGGUCACCUGAUUCAAGAUGAGAACAACGAGGAUUUCAAUGCUGCCCUAUUCAGACAUUUCAACCGAUCAUCCAAUCGCACAGUCAAUGCUGUUGAUGUCGAUGAUGAGUAUGUUGUUGAUGAAGAAGAGAUG